UGAAUUUAGUCCAUAGGUUUUAUUAGAAUUGUGUUCAGACCAAAAAAGAUAAUUUUAAAUUUGUUUUAUCCAUCAAUUGUGGUAUCUAUGAGCUACAACAUGAGGUCAAAAACCUAACAUAAAAGUCCACCAUUUUAACUAAGAGGACUGAUAAAGUCAUAAUUGUAGUUCUGGGGUAAGUUGAGUCAGUGGCUCAACUGAGAAAGUAAAGGAGUCUGAUGAGAGGAUCAGAGUUUCAGUUCAGAUUGUUGAAAUGUUUUACUUUGUCUUUUCAUGAAAGAAAGGGAUAUAGCUCAACUUACCCCAUACACAGGGUAAGUUGACCACAGGAUGACACUUUCUUUGUCAUGUUAUAUUAUCAAGACAAUUAUGUUUACUGUGAAAUUGUUGGUUUGCAGGGAUGCACAACAUCUUAACUUAUAUACAGAUACACUAGUUAGAGACAAAACUAUGAUUGCCUUGAUGUAGUGAUCUGAAAUAUGAAAAAUGGCUCAUCUUACCCCACUCUCCCUAAAACAAUUUCUGUAAAAAAAAUAAACUCAAACUGAACAACCAUAUGAAGAACAAUUUUAUUCAAAGUUAAUAAUCUAACAAUUUAAACUAUCAAACAUCAGGGUUUAUAAACACAAAUAAAAAAUGAUCUUACAGGUAAGAUAAAACUGUGUCUAAAGUCCUGUGAGUUGCUGCUGGUUUCUGUUCUAAGCUGAGAUUUUCAAGGUUCUGCAGGUUUUCAUCAAACUGGAGACAGAAAUAAUUAAUGAAAAUCACACAGCUUGCAGCUAAAAUCAAGAUUGUUUUAACUGCUGAAAUAACGUUAGAAGAUUUUUAUUAACUUCACAGUUUCUCCUCUUAUAUGUCAGCAAACAAAGUCAGGGUGUGAGGUAAAAAGUUUAACGUCCUCCUCAGCUGGUCUCCAAUCAGUGUCAGGGUUUAGGAUCUAGGAGCAGCCAGAAACUGAUCCAUCGGGACAGGCUGCAUGGUGUGACAACCUCUCUGCCCUCGGAUUGGUGUAGACUUUGAGAGACUACGGCGCUCUGUCCCCCGUCUUACCAAUGAGGAUGUAGCUUUAUAGUACUUUCCCACCUCUCUUCAGUUUCAACCAAUCAGUGUACGGGAUUGGAGGAUCCACCCACUUCUGCCAUGAAGAGGUGAUCAGGAGCCAAAUGAUCGAUAGAUCAGCCACAUGGCCCUCCUGUGGUCAGUCCAGGUGUAACUGAGAGUCCGCGAAGACUUGCAGAUCCGGACCCGGUGUGAGCAGAGACAGUCGAGGUGAGACAGAGAGUCCACAAAGACCUGCAGAUCCGGACCCAGCGAGUUUGUGACCAUGGGCCCGCUCGUGUACCUGUCCGGUGCGCUGGUUCUGGUCCUGCUCUGGAUCAGAGCCAAAGGUCUAGACUACGUGCUGGUCCAUCAGAGGUGGAUCUUCGUCUGUCUCUUCCUGCUCCCCCUUUCCGUCCUAUUUGACGUCUAUUAUUACCUGCGCGCGUGGAUCAUCUUCAAGAUGUGUUCCGCGCCCAGACUGCACGACCAGCGCGUGCGCGACAUCCAGCGACAGGUGAGCCCCAACAUCACCUGUGUGCGUCCGCGUGAACACAAGCGCAUGUAAAAGUAUGUGUGUGCAAUGUUUGCGUUGCCUUUAAUGGGCACAGAUCACAGUAGAGACGACCAGAGACUUUCAAAAUAAAAGACUGUGAUUUUCAGCGUAAAGUGAGGGUGUUUUCUGUGACAGUGUAGUUAUGUGACAGUGUUUAAGUGUGACGGUGUAUCCUGUGACAGUGUAGUUGUGAGACUGUGUUUUCUCUGACAGUGUAGUUGUAUGUGACAGUGUUUUAGUGUGACAGUGUAUCCUGUGACAGUGUAGUUAUAUAUGACUUUGUUUUGUUGUGAAGGUGUAUCCUGUGACAGUGUAGCUAUGUGACAUGUUUUCUGUGACAGUUUAAAUGCCAAUGAGUUUAUGUGAGGAUGUUUCAGUGUGACACUGUAGUUUGGUGACAGUGUAGCCAUGACUAAAUUUUAGUGUGACAGACUGUGACAGUGUUUUCUAUGACAGUCUAUGUGAUGGUGUUUUUGUGUAAUGGUUUUGUAUUCGACAGUUGUUCUGCUACAGUGUAUUUACGUGAUGUUGUUUACAUAUAAGGGUGUUUUAAGUGUAUUUGUGAGACAUUUUGAUUUUGUGAGAGUGUUUUCUGUUAUGGUGUUUAAUACAGAGGUGUUUUAAUUCGACAUUGUUAGGUCCGGAGCCAGCAACAGUACUCAGGAUGAUUUUUGCUUUAUUUUUUUUUUUGCACAGUUUUCCAUUAUUUAAAUGGAACAACUGUUGUACACAAGCAGUGUACAGAAACAAUUCAGGCUGUGUGAUGGUAAACUAGCAGGACGAACACUGUGCUGAGAAGUUAUGAGUCUGUCCAUGUUAAAUGAUGUGAUCUUGUUCUCUAUGGAAGAUAGGACUAUGUGUGUGGUUUCCCUCUCAGCCAAUCAACCUGUAACUUCUUUGAAAAGAUAAAGGAAGUUAAUGCUGAAAAGGUGUCUGUGAUGUUGUAUUUAAAUCAGUGUUUUUCUGGGAAAGUUUAUAGUUUCUGUGAUGGUGUUUUCAUGUUACAGUGUUUCCAUGAUGGUAGAUUUGUGUAUUAUCUGAGAACUAGAUAAACUCCAGGAGGAAAACCUGAAUGAAAACCUGAGUUAUAAAAUUGAGUUGGAGUUGUUGUUUUGUUUGGUGUCUGUCUGUGCUUGUGUGUUUUUUAUGAAGUUCACCAGUUGAAGUUCAGAGGACAUUGUGAUAAAAGACUGUGAUUAUCAGUUAUUACAUAAGGGUUUGCACCUGUUCACCUCACUUCACUUCACUCAACUAGAUAUGAAAAAAAUCUUUCUCAUAAAUCAAACUGACAUUUUAUUCAAAAAUUAAAGUAAAUUAAGCAAAUAAAUGAAGCACAGGUAAAUAAAACACAGGUGAAAAAUACACAGGUACCUGAAAUACAGGUACACCUAUGAAACGGCACAGGGCCUCCAUGGUGUCCCCUGUCUUCAACACUCAGACAGAAUGAGAAAGGAAGCAGGUGGACACACAGGUGUGCCGUCUCUCCCUGGGGUUAUUGCUCACUGUGAGUUCUGUAUUCAGGUGCGUGAGUGGAGGAGGGACGGCUGUAAGACCUUCAUGUGUACAGGUCGACCUGGCUGGCUCACCGUGUCCCUCAGAGUGGGCAAGUACAAAAAAACCCACAAAAACAUCCUAAUCAACAUGAUGGACAUUCUGGAUGUGGACACACAACGACAGGUAGGACCGUCACACACCCCCGCACACACACAUAUACACAGUAUGGCCCCAGUUUUACAGAGGUACUGGAGACAAAGACAGGUUGAUAAUUGAAAAGAAAAAAAAACAAGGAUAAAAACCUUACUGCCAAUCAUAGAAGCCACUAUCUGAAGCAGGGAGGGAAACAGGCAGAUGAUCACAAUUAUACAUCCAGGGAUACGCCCUUUGAGCAACAUUUAAAGUCAUCUCAGAUUUCAAUCAAUUCUGACCACCAUUUGGAUCACUGUCAUUAUACAAGUACAGAAUAUUAUAUGUAUUUUUAGGUAUAUUUUCAGGUAUUAUUUAGGUAUUUGUUACUAUUUUCUGUUCUAUUUUACAUAAAAUGUUAGACCUUAACACACUGCCCCUGCCACUGAAAUAUAUUUUCAUUGGAAUUCAUCACAUGCAAUCAUUUGACUUUACCAAUUUGAGUUUCAUCUUAUUUUUAUUUUAGUUUUUUACUAUCUAUGUUUAGGUUGUAAUGGAAUGUCACUCAGGUGCAUGAUUGAAAAUAAUAUAGUACCGUAAUUUGCCAUUCUAAUACAGUAUUUGCCAUUGAAAAACGCUUUUUAUGUGGCAGGCUGGCUGUCAAUCAUCUGGUGUGAUCCGACACCCUCUCUGUGUUUUUAGGCGUUAAUAAUAAUAACUAAGUAAUUACAAAACUUGGAUCAGCUGUUUUUGUUGUUGUUUUGUUUUGUUUUGUUUUUUUUAAUUCAGCCUGUUUGUCUAUCUUUGCUGACCCUGGGCUUUUUUUCUGUAGGUGGUGAGAGUCGAGCCACUAGCAAACAUGGGUCAGGUGACAGCUCUCUUGAACUCUAUUGGCUGGACUCUUCCAGUGCUGCCUGAGUUGGAUGACCUCACAGUGGGUGAGUUUUACAGGAGACCAGGAUAGAUCAACCCAUCACUCAGUGUUAGAGAGGAGAUCCUCCAUCAGUCAGUGUUAGAGAGGAGAUCCUCCAUCACUCAGUGUUAGAGAGGAGAUCCUCCAUCACUCAGUGUUAGAGAGGAGAUCCUCCAUCACUCAGUGUUGAAGAAGAGAUCUUGAUAGCAUUCAGGAUGGUAUGUAUGAUGGUGGCCCUCCCUCAGUCAGUGUUUUCUGCCCUGAGCCUCAGUCUCUGCUGGGAUGGUGUUCAGUAUAUUAGAGGCCUGAUAUUGUUGCACAGAUGAAUCUGGGAGGAAACGGCUGCAGUGCUGGAAGCUUUCCAGGAUCAGGUUUCAUAAUGGAUUUCCUGAUGCCAUAAACUCACAUCAACACUCUAAUGUUUUCCCAUCAGGCCGCAUUCAUUCAUUUAUCCUGAUGUCCAAGCAGACAAACACACUCAUCACAGCAGCAGAAACUGCUUCCUGCUCUGUGUUCAUCCAUGCUGUUGUCAGCUGGACAGAUAUCCAGUUAAAAACCAAUUUGUCAGAGAAAAACCAUCACCAAGAUUUUUUUUUUACCUGAAUCUUUAAGUGAAAAUCCUCAGUAUGAAAUGUUUUCUGUUUUCCUCUCUCAGGUGGGCUGGUGAUGGGAACAGGCAUUGAGUCCUCCUCUCAUAUUUACGGGCUGUUUCAGCACAUCUGUGUGGCCUACGAGCUGGUUCUUGCUGAUGGGAGCUUAGUGCGCUGCUCUGAGGUCAGUAAAGUUUCUGAGGCAACCUAUCCAACCAGAGACCUCCACCCUUACCUCCAUCCAAACUCUAAUUCCAUACCCAAACCUCCUCUGACUCUGACUGAAUACACUGUUUUUCUACUCUCUGCUCCAUCAGAUCUUGACUUCAUGCUCCAUCUCGUAUUUGUACAGCUCUCUGCUGGUAUCUGACAGAUUCUGUGUCUCUGACCUCAGCUUUUCUUUCUUUUGAUCUUUCUCCUGACUUAUCUCCUGAUCUUUCUCCUGACCUUUCUGCUGACUUUUCUCUGUUCAUUUGUUUCCUUUUCUGUCAAACACUUAGCAACUGAUGACAGAUUAACGGGACUUCUUUCCGUGGAUUGUUAUGCUAACAGUCAGCUUUCCGCAGCCUGUGAUUGAAGCUGUAUCCAUAGCAACAGCUGCUGUUGAAGAAUAGCUGUCUGUUGAUAGGGAGUAUUCACCAAUCAGAGGUGUGUCAAAGAAAGUAAAAUGACUUCCUUCUCUCAUCAGCUGUCCCUGAUAACUGGAGGAGUUUCUUACCAGAAUAACAAGAGUGCAAUAUUUUAUUUUGGUUUUAAGCUCCCUUGGUUUUUACAGUAAAAUGUUGUGUUUCAUGGAGGAUGCUGAAGGUCUUGUUGACAAUUAUUUAUAAAAAGAACACUAACUACAGCCUGACCUUGCAGACUAUGAAGGCUCCAACCUUCAUACAUUUGUUUGUAAACAUAAGAUGAAUUGCUCUGUCUCACAGGAGGAAAACUCUGACCUGUUCCACGCUGUCCCGUGGUCCUGUGGAACUCUGGGGUUCCUGGUGGCAGCUGAGAUUAAAAUCGUCCCAGCUAAAUCCUGGGUGAAGCUGCGCUAUGAGCCGGUUCAAGGACUGGAGAACAUCUGCAAACGCUUCACUGAGGCAUCACAGAACAAGCAAAACAUGUUUGUUGAAGGUCUUCAGUACAGUCUGGACUCUGCAGUCAUCAUGACUGGAACCAUGACGGACCACGCAGAGCCUGACAAGGUAAGAGGGGGAAGUAAAAGGGUGAUGUCUCCUGUUGGUGAGUAAGUAUCACUCCAGCAUAGAAUUCAGGAAUAAAUGUUUGCUAAACACCACUCAAACAGCAGAAAUAAAUGGCAAUCAUAUGCCUGAGGCCUGAAGGAAAGAGCAGAACGUGAAAGUUACAUUUCUAAAAUACAGUUUCUAAUGUAAAAGUUUUGUAAUGUAUGGGUUUCCUAUAUACAGUCUCUAAUGUAAAGGUCUCUAAGGUACAGUUUCUAAAAUGAAGGUUUUAUAAUAUAAUGUACAUGUUUAUGUACAGUUUCUAUUGUAAAGGUUUUAGUUUACAGUUUCUAAUGGAAAGGUUCCGCAUAUACAGUUUCUAAUGUAAAGGAUUUUAGAAUAAAGUUCCUUAUAUACAAUUAAUUUACAGUUUCUUAUAUAAAGUUUCCAGAUGUAAAGGUGUCUAAUACAUGUUUUUUAAUGUAAAGAUAAAGCGUUAUUGCCCCUGGGGAGAAUUUGGCUGACACAGUCAUUGGUAUACAGAGUAAACAACAAAGAUGAGAGAACACAGCCCCAGUGUGAGUUUUGUAGCAUCCAUUUCUUAUUUGUGUUAACAAACUGUCGUAUGUCAGUAAGAAAUAUAAAUCCAUUUAAUGAGUACAAGAUUGACUUCCAUACUGCCCAACUUAUAGAUCUGCUCUGAUGGUAGAGAGGUGAAGGCAGAUAGGAAAUAUGCGGUUGGUAAUACAAAGAUUUUUAAUGAACACUUUCUGAAGUGAAGUGAAUCUGACGGUUUUUAAGUUUGAGGAAAGGUGUAGAAUUUCAAAGUUAGUGGUAUGUAACGGUUUCUGAUGGUUAUGUAGAGGUUAUGUAGAAGUUUUUAAUGUAAAGAAAAGAAAAGAAAAUUGUUGUUGUGAAAUGAAGUAAAAAAAAAAAAAAUUUUUUUUGUUGAAAUUAAUACAUCUUUUAAAUUAAGAUUUUAUGAUAAUUAUUGUUAUUUUAUUAUUACUGUGAAGUACAGUAAAUGUAUUUGUUAUUGAUAUCUGUUGUCCAAUCAGAUCAACAGGAUCGGCCUGCACUUUAAACCCUGGUUCUUCAAACAUGUGGAGACUUACCUGACAGGUAACUGCACUGGAGUGGAAUACAUCCCCCUGAGACAUUACUACCACCGACACACACGCAGCAUCUUCUGGGAGCUCCAGGUACAUACGCACACACACACACACACACACAUCAUUUUAGCCAUUAGUGAGGAGGCUCAGUUUCCUCUGUAUGGUGCAGCAGUAAAUGGUGUCAUGAAUAAUGAAUGAUCUUGGUUUGACAAAAGUCUGCAGAGCCUCCCAGUGCAGCGCUCUGCACAGGGAGGCUGCAGGCUUUUAUUCUUUAGCCAAGCAAACAGAAAACAUGAUAGAGAAAGAGAGAGGGAGGAAAAGACAGUCAAAAAGAGACAGAGAGAGGCCACUGUUGCGUUGGCCAUGAUCAUUGUGGUUUGUGCUGCCCUCUAGUGGAUUGUUAGAGAAUCAUUCAUGUGCUAAAACUGAUUUUUAAAGGUGCAAUAAGUAGUUCUGACAUCUAGCAUUUAAAAUGAGUGCUGUAGUCCGCAUUCAAAACAUUGGCGAGAGAUGAAUGAUGUAUCCAAUGUGAAGCACUUUGAGGGUCUCUGAUGAAGUGCUAUAUGAAAUCUGAUGCAUUAUUAUUACAUUUGAACACAUCAUGAAAACGUAUUAUUUACUUUAGCCUAUUUCUCCUUUUACUGACCCCAACUUCAGUGCCUUACAAUAUAAUCAGUCACCUUGUUAGUUAGCUAACAAGGUGCUAGUCAGCUAAUUAGCAAAGCUAGCUAGCUAACUAGCUUUUAUCCUGCCGAUUUCAAGCUGAGCUGUUACCUCUCUCACUUUUUCAAAAGCAUCUCCAAUAGUUCUCCUUGUUUUGUUAUAUUUCUCGUCAAUGGAGCCCUUUAGAGGCUCAAACAACUGCUGGUUUGCCCUGAUAACUUGUCUCAUCCUGGGCACCUUAAACAGUGGGGGGGCCUUGAAACCACAGGCCAAAACAAAAAUGCAUCUCUCCUGAAUGGAGGAAGGUAUGCUGGCUGCUGUAUUAUCAGAGAAGCCAGUAUUUCAUCAUAGCAUAUUUCAGUAAUGCCUGGUGAUUUAUUAAUGUGGUUUUAUUAUGAACUUAAUUAAAUAUUCUAAAUAUUGCACCUUUAACCGCAUGAGAAAAUUACACAAAAUAAAAGAAAGGAUGAAAAAGAUGGAUGUAUGAUUGAUGAAUGAAUGGAUGGAUGGGUGGAUAAGGUAAACUCUUUUUUGUGUUAUUAUGUGUCACUAUGUGUAAAAUACUCAGUUUUUUAUCUUUUGCUUCCUGAAGGACAUCAUCCCCUUCGGAAACAACCUGGUGUUUCGUUAUCUGUUUGGCUGGAUGGUUCCUCCUAAAAUCUCUCUGCUUAAGCUGACGCAGGGCGAGACCAUCAGACGCCUUUACGAACAGCAUCAUGUGGUACAGGACAUGUUGGUUCCCAUGAAGGACCUGCAGGCUGCCAUAACACGCUUCCACCUGGACAUUCAGGUAAGCUUUGUGCUGACAAACACCUGAUAAUCAUCACAGCACGUUCACCUCAGUCAUGUGUGGUGUGGUUCUGUCUCAGGUGUACCCCCUGUGGCUGUGUCCCUUCUUGCUCCCCCCCGGCAGAGGAAUGGUCCAUCCUAAAGGAGAGGAGGAGGAGCUGUACGUGGACAUCGGGGCGUACGGCGAGCCUAAAGUCAAACACUUUGAAUGUAAGGCGUCGACGCGUCAGCUGGAGAAGUUUGUCCGAGAUGUUCACGGGUCAGUCUGAAAAUUCUGUUAAUAUUUAUUCAACCUUAUAUGUUAAAUACAAGAUAUUUCAGUUUCUUUUAAAAAGGUUAUUUUUCUUUUUGUAAUUUCUUCUCUCCUUAUUGAAAUUAUUUUAAUAAACUUAAAGAUUGUUUUGACAAUAAGUUGUUUGUUUUAUUAACUUUUAAAUCAUUUGAUGUUUUGUAUUUAACCUCCAAAAGAUAGUGUAAGAUAUUUUAUUUUUACACAAAACAUAAGUUUUUCUGAUAAAUGUUUACUUUGUCUUUUGUGUCUCUUAAGCUUCAGGACAGCUUUGUGCCAAAAAAUAACUUUGAUUAGAAUGUUUUCUUGUUUUCUGUGAAAUGUGGUGGUGAAAUAUAUUUGUUUUUAUUCUAAAAAGUAAUAACAAAGACUUAAAAACCCACUAGACACAUCAUUCAUUAUUCUUUACAUUCAUCUGCAGGUUCCAGAUGCUUUACGCAGACGUCUACAUGGACAGAGAGGAAUUCUGGGAAAUGUUUGAUGGGCGUCUGUAUCACAAACUGAGAGAGGAGCUCAGCUGUAAGGGCGCCUUCCCCGAGGUGUACGACAAAAUUUGUAAAUCUGCACGACACUGACCUUCACCACCAGAGGGUGCUUUCUACAGAGAAAACCAAGUGCCUGGAUGUUUCAACAAAAACAGAAAUAAAGAAAUACUUGGACAUGGAGAUUUGUCUCUGAGCCCUCAGAAACAAAAUCAAUCAUUCCAACAGUCGAAAAGAAAUUACAUUUUGGUAAACAAGACGACUUCAAAUCUGUAAGUGACAGUAAGAGGAGAGCGAUGAGGCCUUAAAAUCACUAAAUCUUUGUUCUCACUUCCUUACCGAGAUGAAAUUACGAUAACCAUGUAUUUUGUGAUUUUAAAUUAGCUUUUCAAAUGAAUGGAUUUAUAUUACAAAGAUUCCCUAAAAGAUUAUAUUUUUGAGUGUGUGAUGGCACAGAUUUUACCCCACUGAAAAUCUAAAUAAUGUGAUUGGUGUAGAAAAGUGUAUGUGAAAAUGUAUGAGAUAUAUUGGAGUUUUUUGUCUGUCUAUAUAGCUUUGAUUUGUAGCCAUAAUAAUAGGUUUUUAUGUAUUUAGGUCAGUAGAUUGGUUUACAAACUGUCUCAUAGAGAUCCAGAGACCAUGUUUUACACGUCUACAGGCACACGGACCAUGGCACCAGGCACCAUGACCAAAGUAACAUGCUGUUGAGGUGUUACAGACACAGCGUAGACUGUCUGUAUGUGGACUGUCCAAACUGGGAUUACAUUUUUCAGUACAUCAAAAGUUUAUAUAAUAAAAGAAGAAGAGACACUGACUGACACCUGCCGGCCAAACAGAACUACACAGUGGCGUGAGAGAGGAAAAUCACACUGGCGCCCUCUCAGCUGUCCUUCAUGUUUUAGUUGAAUAGUUUACUUUCUACACGCCAUGCUCUAUGCUUCAUAUGCAGAGUGUAGAUCUCCACAAAGCAACUAAAGGCUGGAAACAAGUGGAUGAUGUCUCAGUCUGAAAAACUGUAUUUUAAACAUUACUUCCUAACAUGAACUUUUAAAUACUGUUAUUUUUAACCUUAGUUCAUGAAGGUAUAUUAUGUAUUUUAAAGUUUGAAUCAGAUUCUCAUUUUUGGUUUGUUUGUUUUUGAAUUAUUCAGUUAAUAAAAGCCCAAACUUGUCAUGUGGUGUCAUUCCAA